CUGGACUGAAGAAGAAGAAGCAGCACGUGCACGUUGUUGUCAAAUUCAAAGAGGCUACUUUGUUUCUAAAACUAGAUUUUAGAAUUAUUCCACCAACAGAGCCUUUAAAAUGACCAAGACAGCGCCGAAAGGGCGCCCUAAGCCCAAGACAACCUUUAAGCGCUACUUUGACUCCAAGAAGCCGGAAAACAAUGACCUGGAAGCGGUAAAACCACUGAAACGCAAGAGCCAACAGAACUUUGUUGGCGAUUUCAUCAAAAUGCAGAAACAAAUCAAAAAGGACAAUCCCAAGAAGGCUGCCCUAAAGCCCAAACCCAAGGAGAAGCCGACGGAGGAAGCUGAGGAGGAGACACACUUCAAGAGAAAUCCCAUUCCCCAGGAGCUUCUGGACAAAUACUCACGCGGCGAGAAGGUGGAAGCUAAGGGUGUGAAGACGCGGCACUUUAAGGAGCAGCAGACACGCCGGGAGAAGUACUUGGAGUAUGCCGUCGAACAGGCCGCACGUACGGAGCUACUCCUGCAAGAAACACCGGGCCAGAUCGAGGCCGAUGAGGGCGAAGUCACUGCGGAGUACCGGCAGGGGCAGAUAGCCCAGAACGUGGAUCUCCAGUCGGCGGCAAAGCACUUUAGUCUCAACAUGGAAUUCGGUCCGUACCACAUGCGCUACACCAAAAACGGGCGGCAUCUGCUGCUCGGCGGAAGACGUGGACACAUCGCCGCCUUCGACUGGGUGACGAAGAAACUGCACUGCGAGUUCAACGCCAUGGAGAGCAUCGAGGAUGUCCAGUGGCUGCACGUUAACACGAUGUUCGCGGUGGCCCAGAAGUCUUGGGUCUAUUUCUACGAUAACAAAGGCACUGAGCUGCACUGCGUCAAGCGGCUGGCGCGGGUGAAUCGUCUCGAUUUUCUGCCCUACCACUUCCUCCUCGCCGCUGGCAACACGGCCGGCUACGCCUCCUGGCUAGACGUCUCCAUUGGUGAGCUGGUGGGCAACUUCCAGACCAACCUCGGCGACAUUCGGAUAAUGCGCCACAAUCCCAGCAACGGCGUGCUGUGCAUAGGCGGUGGCAAGGGCGUGGUAUCGAUGUGGUCGCCCAAAGUGCGUGAACCGCUGGCGAAGCUGCUGUGCCAUUCUACUGCCAUGUCGGCGCUGGCGGUGGAUCCUCGAGGCCAGCAUUUGGUCACGGCUGGACUGGAUCGAGCGGUGAAGGUGUGGGACAUACGCAACCUGGUGCAGGACAAGCCUCUGGCUCACUUCCAACUGCGUCUGCCAGCCAACGAGUUGGAUGUCUCGCAACGCGGCAUGCUAGCCCUUUCGCAAGGCACCUACCUGGAGACGUACGCAGAUCUGCUUUCUGGCGGCGGCACCGGCCAUUUUGAGAAGCUUCCUUACCUCCGGCAACGAUGCGAUGCCUUUGUCCACGGCCUGCGCUUCUGCCCGUAUGAAGAUGUGCUGGGCGUCUCCACGGCCAAGGGCUUCCAAUCGCUGCUUGUACCCGGCUCGGGUGAGCCCAACUUCGAUGCCAUGGAGGCCAAUCCGUACGAGACAUCGAAACAGCGUCGCGAACACGAAGUGCACGCUCUGCUGGAGAAGAUUCCGCCCGAACUGAUCACUCUGAAUCCGCACGAAAUAACCGGAGUAGAUGCGCCGACGCUGCAGGAGAAGAUCGAUGCCAAGAGGAAGCUGUUCCACCUUAAACCGCCGCAAAUCAAAAUGAAAUCCCGCCACAAGAUGAAGGGCAAAGGAGGCAGCGCCAAUGCGGCUCGCAACAAGCAGAUCGUCAAGGACCUCAAGCGCAAGGAGUUCAUUGCCGAGGUGAGGGAGGCCAAGAAGGGCGUCAUCGAGGAGCACACCGCCAAGGAAGGCGGUGCUGUUGUGAAGACCAAAAAGUCCAAGCCCUCCGUGUUGGAUAGAUUUAAGCCCAAGCCCCCGAAAAAGCAAAAAUCCUGAAAUUUCACUUAGGCUAAAGAAUAUAAUACAUAUUUACAGAGUAA